GGAACAUAUUAAGCCCAACGUAUGCAAAACGAAUGAACAGAAUCCGAGGGACAAUUGAGUUCACAUUUACAGUCAGUCGCAGGAGGGUGAACACACUCGAAAGAGGAAGACGAAGGAAAACAAAAUCUCCUGGAAAUGCUAAGAUACAGGAAGCUUUUUUCAAUAGCACCACGAUAUUAUAAUGGCAGAAAUUUGUCCAACCCUAAGAUACGUUCAAAACAUCCUUGUCAAUGGACUUCCACUCGCUUUCUUGACAUUUACCAGAUGGGAAACAAGCAGGCAAUUGAGAAGGAACGAGCUCGACUUAAAGAUGAGAUGAGCAGGGGCUACUUUGCUGACAUGUCUGAACUGAAGCAACAUGGUGGGAAGAUAGCAAUGGCGAAUAAGAUUAUAAUUCCAUCAAUGGCAGCCGUAAAGUUUCCUACAAUCGAAGUUAACAACUCAGAUGGUAGUAGCCUUAAGCUGCCCAUAACCUCUGAUGCAAAUGAUGUUAAUGUUACCAAGUCGGAUAUUCCCAAGGCAUCGUUAUUGUGUUUGUCAUUUCGAGCAAGCUCACAGCAUAUGGUUGAUUCCUGGAGCGCACCAUUUCUUAAUACUUUUGGUAAUUCCAGUGAUGUUCGGUUAUACGAGGUGUCUUUCAUUGAUUCAUGGCUAUUGACUCGUAGUCCGAUAAAGAAGCUACUUCUUAAGAUCAUGAGAAAACCUAAACCUGAGGGAGAGCAAAAUGUCCUUCAGCGGCGGAUAGUUUAUUCUUUCGGUGAUCAUUAUUAUUUCAGGAAGGAGCUAAAAAUACUGAAUCUUCUUACAGGGUAUGUUUUCUUAUUGGACAACCUUGGCAGAAUACGGUGGCAAGGUUUUGGGUUAGCAACAGAAGAUGAAAUACGGUCACUUUUGUCUUGCACGUCCUUAUUGCUGGACAAGAAAUAAUGACAACAAAUGAUCCUUAUCAAUGAAUUACAGAAAAGAAUGCUUUGCUUGAUCGGCCAAAGUCAAACAAGACAACUUUCGUGUUGUAAUAAGUGUGUCGCAAUAUUUUCAGCUAUUUGACAGUAAAUCAUAAUAAUCUUUUUAUGGAAAUGGGUGUUUCCCUUACUGGGUGAAGUUUUGGAUUGCAAAGAUUAUAUCUUAUAUUUUGUUUAUGUGCACUAUGCAUUUUCCUCUGCAUCAAUGUAAUGUUGGAUGUCUAUUUCAACAUCUUCAUAUACUUAAAGAGCUGCAGUGGGAUUUUUCCAUUUUAUAAGUUGGAAUAAUAAAUUUAAUUAGAGCUUCAUAGUUUG